GGGCGGGGCUCUGGUGGCCGAAGCCAGUGGUGGAGCCGCGCUGUCCGAGCGCCGCUGCUUUUGGAGUCUGCGGAGGUGUACAGUGACAUCCUGAGAGAAGAUGGGAAAGGGCUGCAAGGUUGUGGUUUGUGGCUUGUUAUCUGUGGGGAAAACAGCAAUUUUGGAGCAGCUCCUUUAUGGGAAUCAUACUAUUGUGAGAACUCUGAAGACUGCCCAGGUGGAUGGGAUCAAGGGAAGAAAGCAAGGAGGAGGAACAGGAAUGGAAGAUUGUGAAACGAUGGAAGAUGUAUAUAUGGCUUCAGUGGAAACGGAUCGGGGAGUAAAGGAACAGUUACAUCUUUAUGAUACCAGAGGCUUACAGGAAGGUGUGGAGCUCCCAAAGCAUUAUUUUUCAUUUGCUGAUGGCUUUGUUCUUGUGUACAGUGUGAAUAACCUUGAAUCCUUUCAAAGAGUGGAGCUUCUGAAGAAAGAAAUUGAUAAGUUUAAAGACAAAAAAGAGGUAGCGAUUGUUGUGUUAGGAAACAAAAUCGACCUUUCUGAGCAGAGACAAGUAGAUGCUGAGGUGGCACAGCAAUGGGCAAGAAGUGAGAAAGUGCGACUGUGGGAGGUAACGGUUACGGAUCGGAAAACUCUGAUUGAACCAUUCACUCUGUUAGCCAGCAAACUUUCCCAGCCCCAGAGCAAAUCAAGCUUUCCUUUGCCUGGGAGGAAAAACAAAGGGAACUCUAGCUCUGAGAACUAAAAAUCAAUAAUGCUGCAAUUGUUGGAUAGUGAUUGCCUUUAAGUGUUUGUGAACAUAUUUAAAAUAGGCCAUUUGCAUCUAUCUUUGGCUCUUCGGCAACCUUUAAGGAAUUAAUUUAAUGCACUUUAGGUUACAAUUAAAUCAUUUGGGCUAAGUUUAUUGUCUGAUAGGAAAUAUUUGCAUUGUCAUUGCUUGAAACUUGUCCCUGAAAUUAGCACCUUUGUAUUUAUAUUUUUGUUGCACUUGUCAAAACAGUAGAAAAAUAAAGUUUGGGUAGUAUGCAGAUAGGAGUAGCUCCGCUACCCCUAACUUGUUUCAGAAGCCAUUUUUCUGUGUAACUUUAUGCACACUUCUUAGCUCAAACAGAACUUUGUUUUUAAGGUCAUUAAUCUUCUAAUGUCUAGAAACAUAAAAUGACAUUUUUAGAUCAAACAGUAAACUUGGGUGUUAAACUAAAUUUCACCUUGUGGAGACCUUGCUAACUGUAACAAAACCUACCUGUGAUUUAGCUUUGUUCAAAUUAUAUGUUUAGCAUGACUUGAGGUAGGGGGUGGUGUAAGUAUGUUUAAAGUGUUUGCUUUCUUUAGAAAACUGCUAACAAGCACUUAAGGACACUCAAGCUUCCAUUUUCCACAAGUAAUGCUGUCCCUUCUGCAGUCAUGCUCUGGAUACUUAGUCAUGUGGAAUAGAAUGUAUCAUAAAAAUACUGGACUGCAGGUAGUCUUCUGGUUAGAUAGCUGAAUGUGUGCUGUGUUAUUCUUUGAAAAUUCUGGCAAUAUCCGAGCAUUGGGACUAACUGUAUUUUGCAAGUUGGCAAUAUUGUAACUAAUUUUAAAAGUAGGAAGCAAGCUAUUGUUUUGACUGGGAAAGCAGCUACUUGAUUUCAAUGUAAAAUAUGAGGGGCACCUGAGUGGUUCAGUGGGUUGAGGGUCCAACCCUUGAUUUUGGCUCAGGUCAUGAUGUCAUGGUUUUUGAGUUCAAGCCCUGCAUGGGGUUCCACCCUGGCAGCGCAGAGCCUGCUUGGAAUUCCCUCUUUCCUUCUCUUUCUGCCCCUCCCAUGCUCCCUUGUUCUUCUCUCUCUCAAAGUAAACUUAAAAAAAAUGUAAAAUAUGAAAUAAGCUGUUCAGCAUUAACACAUCUAGUAAACUGUAACUUAAAAAAAAAAAAAAAAAAAAAAACUCUAUCCCCACUGUGGGGCUUGAACUCACAAGCCGAAGACCCCAAGAUCAAGUCUCAUGCUCUACUGACAGCCAGCCAGAUACCCAUGAACUGUAACUUCUUAAGUGGAAUACUUCUAAGGCUCGGCUCAGUGAACUUAAAGUCAGUUGGUUCAUUUCUGUGAGUUCAAGCCAAGAACUGCAUAUAAAAGAUCCAAAACUUGUAAAUCAGCUAGUGUUGCUACUAGUUAAAAUUCCUUAUCACAAAUGUGUUUGGUUUUUUUUUGCCAAAAAAUUAUUCAGAUAA